AUGGUUAAGUUUUCUCAAGCCAAGUCUUCAAACCACCCCGACAUCGUGCGACCGCUCAUCGCCAAGGCCAAGGCCGAGGGGAAGAAAAACGCUCCGAGCAUCGCCGCCUUCAUCGAGCACAACACCAAGGCCACCCUCAAGUUCAAGGCGACGGACAAAAACCUCAGCGUGUACCUCAACAGUUACCACGUCGCCGACGACGACAAGGGCGAGUACAAUCAGGGAGGCGUCGGCUACCUCGACGACGUCGAGGACACGGCUCGCGUCGUUAAAGUGCAGACCGACGGCACCGUCGAGAUGUUCGCGCCGAAAAACGGGAAUCUCGUGUUCGAGCGCUUCGGCAACUCGGGAGCGCACGCGGGUUUGUCGUUCCCCGACGCGGUCCACCGGGCCAAGAUCUUCUCCCUCGCGCUCGAAGGCCCGGAGACGGAGGGCUGGCAGCAGGCGCCCGAGGGCCACCGCGCCGAAGCCCUGAGCGUCAUCGCGGGCGACGCGCUCGAGGGGCCCUCGCGUGGCCACGCGGGCCGGGGUCGCUUCGCGACGGGCAAGGCGCUCGUCGGCGGCGACGUCGUGACGUCCUCCCCGUCCGGCCCGCAGAAGCGCACGCGGGUCAACUGGGACCGGCUCGAGGCGCUGCGGUCGGAGACGAGUGCGGAGGUCUACCACUUCCUCGCGGACUCGGCGGCGCGGCUCGACGAGGCGCCCGACGAGGACUUCUUCGCGACGCUGCGCGGCCAAGCGCGGGUCCGCGCCGCGUCGCAGCACGCGCGAGCCGCCGCCGCGAACGCCGCCGAACAAGGACGGAUGAACGCCCAGCUGCUACGGAUGAACGCCCAGUUGGCGACGUCCUCGGGAUAUUCCGCGGCCUCGGGCAACGAUUUGCUACGGGACGAGGCGCCCCACCUCGCGUGGUUCGGGCACCCGGACUGCCCCGUGCACAAGCUCGCGCACGAGAUCUUCUACCGGGGCCAGGGCAGCGGCGCGCGGCGCCGUGCGCGGUCCCUGAGCGGCGACGCGGUCAAGGACGCGAUCAGGGACGAGGCGCGCGACAGCGGUCUGUUCCACCAGGUCAUCGUCGCGCGCUUCCCCUGCGUGCAACCUUAUCCUUCCGUCGUCGACGAGCUCGUCUCUCUCGCCCAGGUCGACCACGUGCACAGCGCGGGCAUAGAUCAUCCCGCGAACUUGGUCAUGAAAAGAGCAGUGGGACGCACUGGGACGGACUGGGAUAACGAAUGGUGCCGGCCUCAGCUCUUCCCGGGUGUCAACGAGUUAUCACCCGAGGGCUACUAUGUGCCGACGGCGGGGGAAACCUUCCCCUCCGGUCCCGCGGGCCUCCUCGCCGCGGCCCGGUCCGCCCUCAACUCGGAUUCGACGCGGCGGCGGGUCGAGGUCCUCGUCGGCGACGCGCUCCUCAACAGCGGCAAGUCGCUCCUCGAGGUCGUCGGCUACAACGCUUCUACUGCCCCGUCGCCGACCCGCGCGUCGCGCGCGCGCCAGACCGCGGCGGUCAAGAUCGAGAUCGUCCACGUCCGCCUCGCAGAUCGUCGUUUGAUGCGCUUCAACGUGAUGGCGAUCCGCGAGCAAGCGGCGUCGGCCAUGCGGGCCCCGCGCCCCGCGCCCCGCGCCGCCGCCGCCGCGGCGCCGCCGCCGCGCGCCGCCGCGGCGACGGGCCUUCGCGUCGCGGACGUCAACGAGUACAGCGGCUUCGACCUCCUCUACGACGCGUACGACAAGUACUCCACGGACUACCUGAAAGAGACGCACACGAAGGCGACGGCGGCGACGGCGUCGUUCUUCGAGGAGGAGGAGCGGAUGCAAAACUUCACCCUCCGCGCGUGCGACAUUUCGGCCAAGUACAAGUGCCUCGUCCCGAUGCACCCGCUAGGGUUCAUCGGGCUGAACGCGAAGACAAAGGUCUGGGGCAAGGCGCGAACGCGCCACGCGCCGCGGAGCGCUCUCGAUCUGCGCCGGGUCUCGCAUCUGGGGCAAGGCGCGACGCUCCACACCAUGGACGCGCCGUUCGUCGUGGACGACAGCGACGACGAGGUGGUACUCCUCGAGCGCUCGCCGUUCGCGCAGUCGACGAAGAAGCGCAAGGCGCGCGAGGACGACGACGACGACGACGACUGCGUGGUCCUGGAGCGGGCCCCGCCGCCGCCGAAGCGCGCGGCGGCGGCGACGAUCGCCUGCGUCAUCUGCAUGGAGGACGUGGCGCGGUCGAAGGGCCGCGCGCUGGCGGCCUGCCGCCACGAGUUUUGCGUCGACUGCCUCGGGGGUCUGGUCGCGUCGCGCGUCGGCGAGCGCAAGCUCGGCGACCAGCUGGUCUGCCCGAUCCCGGACUGCAAGCGGCCGCUCGACGUCGGCGACGUGCGCGCCGUGACGCUCGAGGCCGGCGACAAGGGCGCCUGGGACGCGUUCCAGUCGACGGCGACAGAGAUCUUCCUCGAGCGGUCGACGUCGACGAGCGCGCAGGGCAUGCGGCGCUGCCCCGGCGACAAGUGCAACCACACCUUCGCCUACGAGCCCCACGCGACGUCGGGCACGCUCUUCAUCUGCCCCGAGUGCUCGGGCGCGUACUGCCUCGGCUGCCCGGCGGUCGGCGGCAAGGUCGGCCCGGCGCACAACAACGUCUGCGCGCACGUCGUCGCGGAGAUGGAGCGAAACAAGGAGCUCAAGCGCAAGUACGAGCAGUGGAGCCUCGAGAACGCGCAGGCCGACGAGCGCUUCGCGGCGUUGCUCCGCCGCGAGAACGCGGCGGGCGCGACGAAGCCGUGCCCGCGCUGCCGCGUCCCCGUGACGAAGAACAGCGGCUGCGACCACAUGACCUGCCCCUGCGGCCACCAGUGGUACUGGUCCAGCGGCCGGCCCUUCCCGUAGCGGC